GAGUUUCCGAGCGGUGGGUCCCAACGAGAAACUCAUUUAUUUAAAUCAUUUUCUGAGUUCUUCCCACCCGACUGGGAGGACAUGGUAGGAUCCACUUCCUCUCCCUGCGCCCCGCAGGAAGUCUCGCGAUGGAGGGAGGAGGUACACUUCCAGAAGCACUGAAAGAAGAAAGGCAGUUGGGACACAUUCUGCCCACAAGUUCAGAAGCCAGCAGUGUGAAGAGAAGCCCGUGGGGGUUCCUCCUUACUGGGAUUGUAGGUGGAGCACUGGUGGCUGUGUAUGCUGUGGCUACACCGUUUAUCACACCAGCCCUGCGGAAAAUUUGUUUACCUUUUGUGCCUGCAACUUCAAAGCAGAUUGAAAAUGUCGUGAAGAUGUUGAGAUGCAGAAGAGGACCCCUGGUAGACAUUGGUAGUGGUGAUGGACGCAUUGUGAUAGCAGCUGCGAAGGAAGGAUUUUCAGCUGUUGGUUAUGAACUGAAUCCAUGGCUGGUUUGGUACUCCAGAUACCGUGCUUGGCAAGAAGGUGUGCACGGCUCUGCCAGAUUUUAUAUUUCAGAUUUAUGGAAGGUCACCUUUUCGCAGUACUCAAAUGUUGUUAUUUUCGGUGUGCCUCAGAUGAUGCCGCAGUUGGAGAAGAAACUUGAACUUGAACUUGAGGAUGACGCAAGAGUCAUUGCUUGCCGAUUCCCUUUCCCACACUGGAUCCCAGACCAUGUUACCGGAGAGGGGAUAGACACUGUGUGGGUUUAUGAUGUGAGCACUUUUAGAGGAAGAGAAAAGAGGCCCUGAAAACACAAUGUGUUUGAGAAUCGAUGAGAAUCGAUGCCUCUCUAGUUGUUCAAGUAGGAGACUUCCGAGAGUGCUUUUUUAAAGCGUCGGUUGUCUUUGAUUCUAGAGAGACCUACAGCAGUAUCUUUAGCAACAGAGCAUAUUGUUCUUUGGUAUGGAAUGAGAAAUUCGUAUUAUUUUCCUUAGCUUUUACAUAAAACAAAUAGAAGUUAAGAAAAACAGGUAGACUUAAAAUCCACUUUUAAUGGAAUAUUCUAAAAAAUGUACUUACUGCCUUUUUGUGUACUUGGAUGCAUGAAAAUAUUAAUAAGCAAUGGUCAUGUUUGUUGGUAGGAAAAAUGUUAACAGCUUUUUACAUUAUAAACUAUAUGGUUUACUGCUUUAGAUCAGGAGAAACAAUUCUUAAAGAGUAUUAACAAAUGUUUGCAAGUUUCCUGUAGCUUAAUUCAUUCUUAAGAUUUUUCUCUUUUUUGUACUUUAUGGCAAAAUUAAUUUUAUAACAUUUUUUAGGAAUAAUUUGGCUAUUGGAUUAUUAGGCUAGUAGAUUGCUACAUUUCAUUGAAUCUAUAAUGUGUACAUGUGUGUGUGAAUGGGUGUGUAUAUAUGUAUGUACACAUUUUAACAUUUCUGGAAUUGACAUAUUUUCCAAUUGAAAGUGUUCCAUAGCUUUAAUUGGCAGUAUUGCACAUUUGAUGCAGUUAUACAUUAACUUCAACUGAUUGCAUUUUAGAUUUGAUCAACUAUGACAUUCAGAGAGGAUUCAUGAUGCACUGUAGUAACUGGUAAUGACUUAGUAAUAAAAUAACUAAUUGUGAGUACUGGUGUGGCCUGACCUGGGUGCAGAGCUCUGCUUUGUCAAUAGGCCAGGGACAGUGACUUGCUGCCUCUGAGUCUUCACUUACUGGGUUCCUGUGGCAUUGGGAUAACAACACACUGAACAGGGACUGGGGACCGAUUUGUAAAGCUCACAGCACAUAGUUUUGGUUUGCAAAUGGUAUUUAUUAUCUUAGGCACUAAGGAAAAGCUUAUUCAUGGAAGUUGCAGAUAGUUUCUGCUAGUUGCUUCUUUAUUUUAUGAGAGCAGCCAUUUAUUUAAUAAUUCUCAUUUAUGAGAAAAGACUUGACUGAUUUAGAUAAAAGACAAGUUAAAGAAAACCUUUGAAUCUGAGUAGACAACCUUCAUAUAUCUGAAAAAUGAAUAUUGAAUGGUGGCUUGAAUAAUCUGUGCUUAUCACAGAAAAGAAUUGAACUCCCAGUCACACAUCAUAACAAAAAUGCUAAACUACCUUAAUGGAGAUUUGAUAAAAAAGAUGGUUGCAUCUUUAACUCAACUGAUAAAAAUAGAAGCAUUUGAUAAUUUUCAUUUAAAUGAGAGCUGUCUGGGGACACAUUCAUGUAGUCAUUCGUUCAUUCCACAUGUUUGAACUGAGCAUCUACUGUGAUAAUCCUGCAAUUCCAUGGAGAUUAGAUGGGCUGGACCUGGGCCUCAUGGACUUCCUCUUCUGUAAGCGGGGAACAGACAAGUAAGCAAGCAAGCAAAUGUAGUGUGUGUAAAAUUCUCUGAAAUAAAGAAGCUGUGAAGGUA